AUGGGCAAUAUACCAAGUAGAAUGGAAAGCGCAUACGUAGCUCGUAAGGAUCUUGAAGCAUCAAUAAUGAAACGCGAAUGCGAAGCUCGUGAGCGGGAAUUUGCCUUCUGUGGAGAAAAAUUGAAGAAUAAAUCUGAUUUAGAAAGAAAGAAAGCCAAUAUAGAACAUCAACACAAGAUUAAUGAAUUAAUAGCACAAAGAAAACAAACGAAAUUACAUGCUGGGAAAGAAAUUUUGCUCUCCUAUUUGAAUAUGAUGACUUCAAUCAUUGAACAGAAUAAUACCGCAUGUCAUACCGCCAUCUCACUUUCACAACUUAAUAGUGACAAAUUAUCUGACUCAAUGAAUGAGCUUCUGGAUUACUCAAAAAAACAAGUUCAAGAACUCAAGCUUCAGCAAGACGAUGAAUUUGGACGAUUGCUAGAUUUCGCAGUUGAUCGAGGAGUCAUCACGACAGAAAAUAAAUUAUAUCUUAUAGAGUGA